CAAACGAUUGCAACAAGUGUGCUAACUCACAUCUCUAGUGCUAAUGUUCAGUUGUUAUUGAGUGUGAAGAAGGCUGGCAAUCAAGUAGUCACAAUGAAGAACACUGGCAAGUUGCAAGGAAAAACCCUUUUUAUAACGGGUGCAUCUCGUGGCAUUGGCAAGGCGAUUGCAUUGAAGGCAGCUCGCGAUGGUGCAAAUGUUGUGAUUGCGGCCAAAACAGCUGAGCCUCAUCCCAAGCUACCUGGCACAAUCUAUACGGCCGCCGAGGAAAUCGAAAAGGCCGGAGGCAAAGCGUUGCCCUGCAUUGUGGAUGUUCGCGAUGAGAAGCAGGUGCAACAGGCGGUUGAAGCUGCUGUGGCCAAAUUUGGCGGUAUCGAUAUUGUGAUCAACAAUGCGAGCGCCAUUUCGCUAACACCGACACUGGACACGGAAAUGAAGCGCUAUGAUCUGAUGCAAAAUAUCAACACAAGGGGCACAUUCUUGGUAUCGAAAACCUGUUUACCAUAUCUGCUCAAGAGCGAUAAUCCUCACAUUCUAAACUUAUCACCACCGUUGAACAUGAAGCCGCAUUGGUUUUCCAACCAUACAGCCUAUACCAUAGCUAAAUACGGCAUGUCCAUGUGUGUGCUUGGCAUGGCUGAGGAAUUCCGUGCUCAGGGUGUUGCAGUGAAUGCUCUGUGGCCCAGGACAACUGUUCACACUGCGGCAGUUGAUAUGCUCUCUGGUCCGGAGGGAUCUUUACAUUCUCGUAAACCGGAGGUGAUGGCAGAUGCAGCAUAUGCUAUAAUAUGCCGAGAUGCUAGAGACUACACGGGGAACUUCUUUAUCGAUGACGAGGUUUUAUUGGACGUUGGUGUAAGGGACUUUAGCAAAUACGCUUGUUAUCCGGAGAAUAUGCACAAUUUGCAGUUGGAUAUAUUUUUGGAUGACGCAGGUCCAUUUGCAAAGCUGUAACUUUUUGUUGAUGCAUUUUCUUGUUUUGUAAUCGUUUUUAUAUUGUUGAUUUUAAAUAAAGCAUUUGUGCAAAUAUUUUAAA